AUGUCGUUUGACCCCGUCUUACCCCCGUUCAACGCGGGCGACCCGGGUGCAACGUUCUUCAACUCGUCGUGCCUCGACUUCUUGCUCAUUGAGCUCGUCCCGAUGGCCUACCGCGUGACAAAUGAACUUGAGGCGGGCGCACAGGCACGGUCAUUGGCGGUGGCUGCGGCGGAAGCAGGACUCGAGGGGGCAGCGCCACAUCCAGACGCACAAGGAACAGCACCAGGAGCUGCUGCUGCUGCUGCUGCUGCCGGAGCAGCAGGCGCAACAGGUAGCACAGCUGCAGGGGCACCAGCACCAGACAAGGUGGCGGCGGCAGCCGGCAGCACAGCGGGCACGGGCACAGGCACAGCGACAGGGACUCUCAACACAACGGGCCCUGGCGGCGGCCGGCGGCUGCUGGACGAGGACGAGGAGCGGGACGCCGUGUUUUAUCGGCUCGAGAUGCUGGGCUACCGGGUCGGGCAGGGUCUGGUGGAGCGGUUCUCGCGGGAGCGGCCACGGUUUCACGACACACUGGACGUGAUCAAGUUCCUGUGCAAAGAUUUGUGGACGCUUGUGUUCCGGAAGCAGGUCGACAAUCUCAAGACGAAUCAUCGGGGCGUCUAUGUCUUGACAGACAACGCAUUCCGGCCAUUUCAGAGGAUGAGCACCGAGGCCGGCGGCCAGGCGGUGGUGCGGGCACAGCCGUUCCUUUGGUUUCCGUGCGGUAUUGUGCGUGGCGCGCUGGCGGCGUUGGGCAUCACGGCCACGGUGCAGGCCGAGAGCAACGAGCUGCCCGGGGCCAUCUUCCAGAUCAAGACGAUUCCGGCCAAAGCAUAG